CGCCGCUGAGUGCGCGUUGAAGGUAACGCGAGCGGCCGAGGGGGCGGGCUCGCCGUCCUCGCCCUGUCAGCAGCGGGAGGUAGGUGAUGAAGUUGCCGAUUGCCAGCGGCUCUCCUCCACCCUUCUGCAUCUCGCCGCCAUUAUGUCCGCCCUCGCCACGAUAGAGCAGGAGUUUCAGGAGAUCGACGAUGCUAACGACUGGCAGCCCCGCUACUUGGAUAUCCGACAUCAAUCCAGUGAUUAUCCUCAUAAAGUGGCAAAGUCUGCAGAAAACCGAAAUCGGAACAGAUACAGAGAUGUUAGCCCUUAUGAUCACAGUCGUGUAAUACUACAGAAUACGGACAAUGAUUAUAUCAAUGCCAGCUUGGUGAUUAAUGAAGAAGCUCAAAGAACUUAUAUAUUAACACAGGGUCCACUUCCUAACACAUGUUGCCAUUUUUGGCUAAUGAUAUGGCAACAAAAGACCAAAGCAAUUGUCAUGCUUAAUAGAACUGUUGAGAAAAAUUCGGUGAAGUGUGCGCAGUACUGGCCAACAAAAGAAGAGGAACCCAUGUUAUUCAGAGAAACAGGAUUUUGUGUGAGGCUAAAAUCUGAAGAUGUCAAAUCAUAUUACACAGUACGACAACUCCAGCUAGAAUGUAUUGAUACUGGUGAAUCCAGGGUAAUACUACAUUUUCACUAUACUACAUGGCCAGAUUUUGGAGUUCCUGAAUCCCCAGCUUCAUUCCUCAACUUCUUGUUUAAAGUCAGAGAAUCUGGAUCUCUGAGUUCUGAACAUGGACCUGCAGUCAUUCAUUGUAGUGCUGGAAUUGGACGCUCUGGUACAUUUUCAUUGGUAGACACUUGUCUUAUUGUGAUGGAAAAAAGAAACGACCCAUUUCAUGUAGAUAUCAAGCAAAUAUUAUUAAAUAUGAGAAAAUAUCGGAUGGGACUGAUUCAGACUCCUGAUCAACUAAGAUUUUCAUAUAUGGCUGUAAUAGAAGGAGCAAAAUAUAUAAUGGGGGAUUCCACUAUGCAGUAUCGCUGGAAGGAACUCUCAAAAGAAGACCAAGCACCAAGUUCUGAAUGUUCGCCUCCUCACCCAACUAAACCUACUGCAGAAAAAUACAAUGGAAAUAGCAUGGUUUUAGAAGAACAGGAGCCAGAAGAUGUUGAUCUGAUCUCUCCCAUACAAAAUGAUUCAGAUACAAAUGAUGACAAGGCUUUACGGAAAAGGCUGAGAGAAGACAAAAAAGCUAACACAGCACAGAUGGUGCAACAGAUGAAACAUAGGCUGAGUGAAUCUGAAAGAAAAAGAAAAAGGUGGUUAUAUUGGAAGCCUAUUGUUAUUAAGAUUGGAUUUGGUUCAGUCGUAUUUGUUAUAGCUUAUUCUUCCUGGAAAUUGUAUUCCCAGUACAUGCUCAUGCCGAGAGUGACUGAUGCCAAGUAAAUUGCCAAGACUUGAGAAUGUUCUUCAGCUAUAAUAACACACUAUUGACAUGCAAAACAGGACAUCACUGUUCUUCAGGAAACAAAAAUGAGGUCUGAGCAAUACACAAGUGGCCUCAUAAAUAUCUGUUUACAGCGUAAACAAACAGGGAAUGAAGUACAUCACCAGCAAGAGACUUUGCAAAAGAGAAUUUGUGUUACGUGUUUUAUGCUUGUAUUAACUAUAGAGUUGUAAGAUCACAUUUACAAAAUCUUUGUACUGCCAUUCUUGUAUUUUUUUAUAUUUUUGGCAGCAUUAAAUAUUUUUUUUAAUUUAUAUGCUGUUGUGUGUAUAUUUUUUAAUCCAAUUCCAGAAAGAUUAGUGGCAAUGCUCUGAGAAAUUCUAUUUUAAUCUAUUGUUACUCUGUUUCAGCUGCAAUAUUUCUACAUGAUUACUUGUGUUUUAUUUUGCUCUUAUUUUCAGUGAAAAUUUAACACAUUUUUCACAUUUAUUACAAAUAGAGAAUGAUGUUUAAAUAAUGAUAAAAUCUAUCAUGGUAGUACUGAAUAUACAUAUUUUAAAUUAGAAGAUGCAGUGGGGAAAGAAGGUCUAUCCAGAGUACGGGUGUCAAAC